UAAUCAUCAUCGCAAUGUAAUGCCUCGCACAAUUAAUUAUUUGGAAGGCCGUCAUUCAAGAAUGAAAAAACAUGUAAAUGCACCACAUCCUAAUAUUUACGUUUUCAUUGAUCUACUGCAGAAAGAAGAAUUGUUAGCAUCCUUAGCAAGAUUACGGGAUGAUAUGGGUGCCCCGGCUCCAAAGCGUCGAAAAAAUAAGACAAUAACAGAUGAAUGUUUAGUAAAAUUAUGGCAACGCUACGACGAUGGACGAAUGGAUAUUCCAAAUUUCUUAAAGGCUGCUGGUAUGAGAUACUUCCAGUGUUCUUCCAAAAGUUGA